AUGGCUAUCAAACUCAUCGGGUUUGCUCAAACACUACAUACUCGCAGAGUUAUUUUAACUCUUAAUGAAUUAGGUCUUUCUUACGAACUCGAAGCUAUUACUGAAGUUCAAACUACCAAAACUGAGGAGUUUCUCGCGAAUAAGCACCCUUUCGGAAAAAUCCCUGUUCUUUGUGAUGGUGAUUUUAUAAUUAAUGAAUCUCGUGCAAUUUGUCGCUACUUAGUAUCUAAAUAUCAGGAAGACGCAAAAACUGUCUUAAUCCCUAAUGAUAUUAACAAAGCUAGUUUAGUUGAACAAUAUAUCUCUUACGAAUUAUCAUACUUUGAUCCACCACUUACAAAAAUCCUAAUUCAAGAAGUAUUUAAUAAAAGAAGAGGUGAAGCCACGGAUCAAGCAGUAGUUAAGCAAGCAUGUGAGGAAAUUGAAAAGGUUUUAGAUGUUUAUGAGAAGAUUUUGGUAAGAAAAGAUUAUUUAAAUGGUGAAUAUUCUUUAGCUGAUCUCUUUCAUAUUCCAU